AUGUCGUCUAAUGAGGAAGCGCGUACGUCUGUCAAAGGACGAGGCAAUAACGAUAUUGUCAUUGGCGGGGACGCGGUCGACAACUCAGACAGAACGUCUGCGACCACUGCAGAGGGAACCGGGAAUGCCGCAAAAGUAAAGAUAUAUAACGGUCCACCACUUAUUCCCUCAUCAUCAUACCUUUCAAUGUGCUCAUUGGAGUCACAGAAACUGUCAAAAUCCGCCCCAAAAUUAAUAAUUCUUGAUCUUAAUGGUACACUGCUCCUUCGAGUCAAGCCUAGAAGUAUAAGACCGCGCCCAUAUUUGAUCGAAUUUUUAGAUUAUCUAUUUUCUUCCACUUUUGAGGUCAUGGUGUGGUCCUCCGCCAUGCCGAAAAAUGUGAAUUUGAUGGUAGAAACCGUGUUUCCACCUCACUAUAUGGACAGACUGAAAGCGGUUUGGAAUCGAGACAGCUUUGGACUGACACCAAAACAAUAUGGGAUCAAUUAUUUAACCGUGAAGGAUUUUGAGCUCGUUUGGAAGAAAUUAAAUGGCGAUUCAGACGAUGAGGGGCGGCACUUUAAUACUGGAGCAGCGGCAAAAAAGACAAAGUGGGAUCAAACGAACACAAUCAUUAUUGAUGAUUCAACAGAAAAGACUCAACUACAACCACACAACGCUAUACAUUUAACUAAAUUCGAUAGCGACAGAUUCAUCAAGGGCAUUGACUGUGACUUAAUAAACGUAAUACCGUAUUUAGAUAGAAUAAGGAACGAAACAAAUGUCAGUUACUUUAUCAAGAACAAUCCUUAUGAUCCUCUCACAGCAGUAAAACCAGAUCUAAGUAGCAUAAAUAUCGCGAAAACGGUUGUGGAUGCGAGAAAUGUAGAUCAGCUGUCGGUCGCGAAUAGUGGCAAGAUAAAUGAAAAGGCUUCGCGGAAAGUUCCAUGA